GCACGGGGGCGCGGCCCCGGCGCAUGGAGGCGAUGCCCUGCCAGAACCAGCGCCUCGGCCCGCGGCCGCAGGAUGAGCCACCGGCGGCCGCCACGGCCACGGCGAGCGGAGGAUCCCGGUUGAUCCGCUUCGCUGAGCCCAGCGAGGACAGCGGCUGCCCCAGCCCGGACAGCAGCAGCAGCAGCAGCAACGGGGUGGUGGCGGCGCCGGUCCCCGCGGGGGAGGGCGGCGCGCCGGCCAUCGGGCCGCAGCUGAAGCUGCUGCCCAUGAACGACCAGCUGCGGGAGCUGCAGACUAUCAUCAGGGACAAGUGA